AUGAAGUCCUUCUUCACCGCCUUCGUCGCGAUCGCCACGAUCGUCGCGCUCCCGCUCGACGCGCGCCCCGUCGCCGAGACGUCCGCGCUCUCCGUCCGCGCGGCGACCGGGCUCGACAAGCUCUUCAAGGCCAAGGGCCGCGCGUUCGUCGGCACGGCGUCCGACCAGGGCCGGUUCUCGAACGCGCAGAACUCGGCGGUGACGCUGCGCGAGUUCGGGAGCGUCACGCCCGAGAACUCGAUGAAGUGGGACGCGACGGAGCCGAACCCCGGCCAGUUCACUCUUUCGGGCGCGGACGCGCUCGUCAACUACGCGACCACGAAUGGCAUCCUCGUCCGCGCGCACACGCUCGUGUGGCACUCGCAGCUGCCGACCUGGGUGUCGUCGAUCACGGACAAGACCGUGCUCACGUCCGCGAUCCAGAACCACAUCGCGACGGUCGCCGGCCGGUACGCGGGCAAGGUGCGUUCGUGGGACGUCGUGAACGAGAUGUUCAACGAGGACGGCUCCGUGCGCUCGUCCGUAUUCUCGAACCUGCUCGGCACGUCCUUCGUCGACCUCUCGUUCGCGGCCGCGCGCAAGGCGGACCCCGAGGCGCUGCUCUACAUCAACGACUUCAACCUGGACAGCGCGAACGCGAAGGCUAAGGGGCUCGUCAACCUCGUCAACACGGUCAACGCCAACGGCGUGGUCAUCGACGGCAUCGGCACCCAGACUCACCUCGGCGCCGGCGGUGCGGGCGGCGUCGCGGCCGCGAUCAAGCUCCUCGCGUCGGCGAAGAACGUGAAGGAGGUCGCGAUCACCGAGCUCGACAUCGGGCAGGCGGGCGCGGCGGACUACACCGCGGUCGUCAACGCGUGCCUCGCGGAGACCAAAUGCCAGUCGAUCACGCUCUGGGGCGUGCGCGACCCCGACUCGUGGCGCGCGUCGGAGACCCCGCUCCUGUUCGACGCCAACUUUGCGGACAAGGCGGCGUACACCGCCGUCGCGAAGGUCCUCGCUUGA